ACCACAUUGAACCACACAUUAUACACUAUACCUACUUAAGCCACAUCAUAUCAUCAUCAACACAACAAAUAAACAUCCAUCAUCAACAACACGACAUCAGUCGACUUCUAAUCUAAUAGGGAAAGAGGCCAGCAACUAUAGCUCCACAUUACAUGGUCCUGCGAGCCGGGUACCCUAUAAUCGUCUCGCUCCAGCUAGCUUUGUGGGAAACUGGAUUGGAUUGAUAAGUACUCCAAACUGCAAUACCAAUUAGAUAUAUCCAAAUUUGUUGCUCUGACGCACUCCGAAAAGUGCGUUCCGAAACAUAAACGUUUUGCAAGUGCAAGUGCAAGAGUGAAAAGAUAAAAUUGCAGUGACUUACAUGUAGCUUAUUCUCUACACAUAUGUAUAUAAAUAUAUAUACAUACAUAUAUGCGUAUAGGUAUAUGUAUAUAAGUCGCCAUCUUAUUUUUUCCUUUCCUUCGAGAGGAGCGCAGACUGCAGUUUCAAGCGCGAAGUUCCAAUUUCCAAAUCGAGCCAGGCCGUGUAUAAGCUCAAACGUGUGUGAGUGCAAAGACUUGGUUUGUUGGCUCACGAUUAUUAAGCUUUUAUAAACGCUUCAGUUCGAAAAUAAAUCUUUGCUUUAAAGCUUUCACAUACACGACGCGCAUUUGGUCUUACUUCUCUCAGCUUUCCGAAGCCGCUGCACUAAAAUUGCAUUCUUAUAUACAUACAUACAUAUGUAUGUAUGUACGUACAUACAUACUACAUAGCCCAAAUAAAGAAACCAAAACGUUAGUUAUAUUUCCUCGCCUCCCCCGUCCCUAAAAGCCGUGCUCUUCAGCUGUCUGCUAAUAUUUCCGACGCUUGAAUAAGCCAUAAGCCAGCGACGCGGCUCAGCAGCGUUUCUUAUCGCUUCCGCUCUGUUCCCGUUUUUUUGCGCUUGCUCUUUGUGUAAGCAGUCCCUGCAGCAAGCCAACGCACACACACACACACAUAUGUACAUACAUAAACGCAUCGUAGUACGGUACUUGCUGCGCGUUUGGGGGAGGAGCCAAGAACAGCUGUGCGUUGAAAUACCCUUUCGCAACGCGAGCAUGUACGUUUCCUGAGUGUGCCGAUUUCAGCGUCCCUCCUGUCGAUUUCCAUCCAUUCCAAUACAAUCAAAUAAAAAGGACAAACCUCCGGUUGUGUGGUUUGAAAUCAACGACUGUUUGGACACAACGCAAAGCCAAUAUCUGAUAUACAAGAAUAGUAGAAUAAAAACUACUCCGAAUACUCAGGUUUUCCAAAAACAUCCAAUGGCGUUAAACGAAUUCAAUUCGGCUACCGAUAACCUUAGCCAAUUCGAGACGCGAAUUACUUCGUCGUGCGCCUCAGAUGCGUCGCUUGUCUUGCUCAAAGCCCAACUAGACGAAGUCCGAAUCCUGUGGGAUAAAAUCGCUCAAGAGAGUCACCGCUGUAAGCGGGCUCUGAAGCAAUCGGAGUCGAGCGCCCUCGGCAUACAAGCGGUGCAGGCGAAAUAUGAAUACUGCUAUUUAGUCUAUGAGCGGUGUGCCACUAUGCUCACUGAGCAGAUUGAGAAGGCGUCCGUUCCUAGUACUGCUCCAGCACCCGCCUUCCAGUCCAGGGUCUGCAGCCUCCCAUCAGUCGAGACAAAGGGUCUUGAUAAGAGACGAUUGGUCAAUAGCCAACUCAAGAUUUUGUCCAAUCUCUCCCCCUUAGCUCAAGAGUCGGUAUCUGCCUUAAAGGAACUUCAAAGCACAAUCCAGGGAUGCUUAACGACUCUUGAGCAUUGCAGUAUUAGCACAGAGAACUGGGACUGCCUGCUGGUCUUCUUGUGUUCCUCAAAGUUGCCCAGACUGACGCUCUCGCUAUGGGAGCACUCUCUACAGAGCAAGACUGAUAUUCCAACUUGGCGUGAGAUGAACACAUUCCUGAUACAUCGCUACCAAACUCUAGAGGCAAUUGAGUUUUUUCAACCAUCACACGAAGCUAAGGUCGGCAUAAAGGCUCAGACGUGCAAGCUAUGCUCAAAGGAAACUCAUCCUAUCCGAUUCUGUCCUCGUUUCCUCCAAAAGUCCGUCAACGAGAGGGCAGCCGUCAUUAAACAGCAAAAACUCUGCUUUAACUGCUUUGCCAGAGGGCAUCAGUGGAAAAAUUGCAAAAGUGUCCAUAACUGUUUAACGUGUAAAAAGCGCCACAAUACACUUCUGCAUCGUGGUGCUCCUCCAUCAGGAUCCCAGCUACAAGCAUAGCUACGCAUGCUGUAGCUGCUACAUUGAAUCGAAUCCAUCCACUUCUCAACGAUCCCAGCAACACUUGCAUCCACGCCCGCUACGGCUGCUACUACUCCGACUUCGAUUCAUACAGUUCACAACGCUAAAUCCACAAUCCAGUGUGAAUAAUUACUUUCGCCAUUUCCGCCAGAUUCCGUACGUUCCGCUCGCCCCGGAGUCCAUUCAAAAGUCCACAGUCGCAGCUACCACCCACAUUUUUGCAUCAGCGCGUUCCUGCGCUCUCCAGCCUGUCAAAUAGCUCUCCACCUGGACGACCAUGCUCACCGAUGUCAGGGAGAUCUUCACGGAUGUCCCUCUUUGGUGCACCCUCCACACCAUCUGCAAUGCACUCGCGUGUGAGUCACCAAAAGCAAUCACCUGACUUCCGCCACAAAAAGGGCGAGAAGAAGGCACAGAAGACGCCCUCCAAGCCGCCUACUCCUGAAACGGAAAGUGUCUCAAGGUCCAAAGGAUCACAACCGUCCAGUAGCCCUAUCUUUAAGAUCAAUCGCGGCUGUAAGCAACGUCGGCAUCAUGGAGCAGUUUAUCUUCUUGGCACAACGCAAACGCUGUAAUACUGGUACAAAGCUUUUUUGGUAUCCUGGUAUCCUGGUAAGAUGUUCGUAUUCAGUCCUGUUCCAGUUACUUAGUCAUUCAUUUUCCUUCCAUUGCCAACUGGCCUCCGGUUCAAACUGAUAGCCUCAGUUGUCAGGCAGGGAAGGCGGAUAUCGUGCGAUUGGCCCCGAUUUGGAAACCACCACUUCGUUCCACAAAUUUACAGACGUUCUCCAUCUACGUACAGACUUGAUUCAUCGACAAAGGAGCAAACCUGGUCAACUGCGUGGGAAUUUUUUGCGCGAUAUCCAAAUGGGAUGUUCCAACCCACCAACUACGUUUUCGGUAGUGCUCGGGGCGGACGUGUACCUAAUGGCAGAGUAUUUUACACCCGA